CAAAACAGCUUGCCUCGCAGGGACUGGGCUGGAGGCAGCGAGGCCGCCCGACGCAGGCUUCCGGCGAGACAUGGCAAGGAUGGCAGCCCGGGAACAGGGCCCGGCCGGUAGCGCGAGCCCGCGGCCGCGGUUCCCAGGCGUCUGCGGGCGCGAGCACGCCGUGACCCUGCCGUGCGCCGGGGCGGGGGGCGGGGCCUCGCCUGCACAAAUAGGAACGAGGGGGCGGGGCGGCCACAAUUUCGCGCCAAUCUUGACGGCGCGUUCUGUUUUAACGAGCGGGCUCGGAGGUGUUCCAGCUGCUGUCAUGGCUCGUUCGCUAAACUGCAUCGUCGCUGUGUCCCAGAACAUGGGCAUCGGCAAGAACGGGGACCUGCCCUGGCCGCCGCUCAGGAGUGAAUUCAGAUAUUUCCAGAGAAUGACCACAACCUCUUCAGUAGAAGGUAAACAGAAUCUGGUGAUUAUGGGUAAGAAGACUUGGUUCUCCAUUCCUGAGAAGAAUCGACCUUUAAAGGGUAGAAUUAAUUUAGUUCUCAGCAGAGAACUCAAGGAACCUCCACAAGGAGCUCAUUUUCUUGCCAGAAGUCUGGAUGAUGCCUUAAAACUUACUGAACAACCAGAAUUAGCAAAUAAAGUAGACAUGAUUUGGAUAGUUGGUGGCAAUUCUGUUUAUAAGGAAGCCAUGAAUCACCCAGGCCAUCUUAAACUAUUUGUGACAAGGAUCAUGCAAGACUUUGAAAGUGACACCUUUCUUCCAGAAAUUGAUUUGGAGAAAUAUAAACUUCUACCAGAAUACCCAGGUGUUCUCUCUGAUGUCCAAGAGGAGAAAGGCAUUAAGUACAAAUUUGAAGUAUAUGAGAAGAAUGAUUAAUAUGAAGGUGUUUUCUGGUUUAAGUUGUUCCCCCUCCCUCUAAAAAAAGUAUGGAUUUUUACAUUAGAAAAAAA